AUGAGCCACUACGACUCGGAGAACCAGGCUGCUGAGCCUUCCAAGCACCACUCUGGUGAGGAUGCUGCUGUCACCAACGAUGCCGUCUUUGGAACCAUCACAGAAGAUGGCCCCAACUACCGUAACGUUGGUUGGCUCGGAACAUCAGUCCUCAUGAUGAAGUCCCAGAUCGGUCUGGGCGUUCUGUCCAUCCCCGCCUCCUUCGACGCCCUUGGUCUCAUCCCCGGUAUCAUCUGUAUGUUGGUCAUCGCCGUCAUCACCACCUGGUCCGACCUCGUUGUUGGCAAGUUCAAGCAACGUCACCCUGAAGUCUACGGUAUCGACGAUGCCGCUGGUCUCGUCUUUGGCCGUGUCGGUAAGGAGUUCUACGGUAUCUCCUACUCGCUCCUCACCAUCUGUAUCGCCGGUUCCGCCAUGCUCGGUAUCUCGAUUGCGCUCAACAGUCUGUCCAUGCACGGAACUUGCACUGCCGUCUUCGUCGCCGUGGCCAUGGUUGUCGCCUUCCUUACUGCUUCUAUCCGAACUCUGGACCGUGUUUCUUGGCUCGCCUGGGUUGGUCUCGUGACUCUUGUCACCUCCAUCUUUGUCGUUACCGUUGCCGUCGGUGUUCAGGACCGCCCUGAUCUCGCUCCCCAGGAUGGUGUAUGGAAGUCCGACUACAAGCUGUUCAACACCCCUACCUUUGCCGAAGCCAUGUCUGCUAUCGCUGCUUUCAUCUUUGCUUACUGCGGUACCCCCGUCUUCUUCCCCAUCGCUGCCGAGAUGCGUGAGCCCAAGCACUACAAGAAGUCCCUUAUCCUUUGCCAGACUGUUGUCACAGUUGUCUAUGUUGUUGUCGGUAUUGUUGUUUACUACUACUGCGGUACCUAUGUCGCUUCUCCUGCUCUGGGUUCCGCUGGGAAGACCAUCAAGAAGAUCAGCUACGGUCUGGCUCUUCCCGGUCUGAUCGUCUCUGCUACUCUGUACACUCACGUUCCCGCCAAGUACGCUUUCGUCCGCAUCCUCCGUGGCUCCAAGCAUCUUAGUGCGAACACAUUCACCCACUGGGCUGUAUGGCUGAGCUGCACCUUUGGCAUGGCUGUCAUUGCCUAUGUCAUUGCCAGUGGUAUCCCUGUCUUCGGUGGUCUCGUUUCUCUCGUCGGUGCCCUUCUCGGAACCCUGCAGUGCAUGCAGCUCUUCGGAUGCCUCUGGCUCUACGACCACUGGGCUGAGGGCAAGGACAAGUCUCAGCGCACCACUCGCUGGACCUUGAUGGUUGGCUGGUGCUGUUUCGUCAUCAUCCUCGGCACCUUCCUCAUGAUCGGAGGUACCUACGGUUCCAUCAAGGGUAUUAUCGACUCUUACGCAGUCAGCGGUGGAUCUGCUGCCUGGUCUUGCGCCGAUAACUCCAACUCUACUUAA